UGCCAUGACUGCUAGCGGGCAGUCGCUCUUUGGCAGCGACGAAGUGAAUCGUGAAGAACAAUGCGGGCUACGUCACUCCUGUUGAUGCUUCUGGUAAUUCCAUAUUUUGCUUAUGGCUCGCCGUCUAAUAUUUUUGUUACUUAUGGCGUGGAGCCGUCGACUUUUGGUUUAACUGGUCGCAUAGUUAACGGAACAAAGGCUGCUUUGGGGCAAUUCCCUCAUCAGGUAUCUUUGAUGCGCAGCUGGACUAAACGACAUUUUUGCGGAGGAAGUGUGAUAAGCUCGACCUUAGUUCUAACUGCUGGGCAUUGCAUGUUUCUUUCUAGAAGCAUAAUCGAACCAUGGACAAUCCUCGUCGUUGGAGGAAUUGUACAUCUCUUCGACGAACGUUCGUCGCGGCAGGAAAGGGGUGUGGAGAAAAUUCGACUUCAUCCGAACUUUGAUCUUGAUAAUUUGUACAAUGAUAUUGCUGUUUUGAAACUGUCGGUACCAUUUAAUUUUAUUCCGGAACUUCAAAGUGUACCCUUACCAUUGGAUGCACCUGUACCUCACACGAUCUGCCAAGUUUCCGGAUGGGGAUACCCAUCAUCUGAUUUCCCGAUAAUAUCUACUGAUUUGAUGUUUGUGGAUUUGCCAGUACGAACAGUUGACGAAUGUCGCGAAUUACUCAUAAACGUAACAGAUUUACCAGCUGGAAUGUUUUGCGCUGGUUACAUUGAGGGUGGAAGGGAUGCAUGCCAAGGUGACUCGGGUGGCCCAAUGGUCUGCAAUGGAAUAUUGACAGGUAUUGUGUCAGGCGGAGAAGGAUGUGCUUUGCCACGUUUGCCAGGAGUUUACGCAGACGUUUUUUAUUACUUGAAUUGGAUAUUAAAUGAUGCAGAUGUAAUAGUGGUAAUACAUCGUAAUAAUUCUAUAAAUAAUACUCGUCCAAAUUACAGCACAUCUAAUAUGCCGAUGGUUAUGCUUGUGAUAAUUUCUUCUCUCUUUUGUGCUGUAAUUGAUCACUUCUAAACCUUUAAAACUUCUUUUACUAAAACUCCUUUGUUGACAGAAUAUACGUAUGAUACGUAUGUUUGAUGACAUUGUUAAAAAAUGAAUUUACGGGUAAUGUGUAAUAAAAUCGCUAUUUAUGAUUGUGCUUUAACCUCGCUCACGAAUCAAAUAACAAAUAAAAUACUUUGUAAAUAAAUAAAACUUAUUGCGAAAAUUA